AUGAAGCAGCUUCUGAUCCUCUGGGCCGUGUCUUCGGUGGUUGGGACUGUCGCUACGGAGAGAUCAUCAUGUCUGAAACACACAGCGUUUUCUUCCACGAACUUUGAGAACAUCCUCAUCUGGGAAACGGAGGCAGAUGUUCCUCCCGGCACGGCUUUCGAUGUGCAGUACAAACAGUAUGGCGAGAAGGUCUGGCUCAACAAGCGCGAGUGCCAGGGCAUCACGAGGCCCUUCUGCAACCUCACGCGCGAGACGGACAACGUGGCCGAGCAUUUCUAUGCCCGCGUGCGGGCCAGCGCGCCCGGCGCCUGCUCCGCAGACUGGGUGAGCUCCGAGAGGUUCCAGCCCCGCAAGGACACUGUCAUUGGAGCACCAGAAGUGGACUAUAUUCCUAAUGUCCGUUCCAUAAAGUUUCUUAUACAGCCCCCCUAUACACCGCUGAGAGGCGAGGACAACCGCCAACUAACCGUCGAGGACAUUUACAGCAAAUUUGGUGCUGUCGACUAUCACUUAACAAUAUUCAACCAAAGGACACACCAAAAGUGGACAAAGAAUGAGCACAGCAAAGAAUUUGAAGUUUCCAACUUGGACCCGGACACCGAGUAUAACGGAACGGUGCACAUCAGCAUCCUCGAGAAAAGCAGCAGAGCUCGAGUGUUUGGGGUUCGCACUUUAGCAGAUAACACCUGGCUGCUCUAUUGUCUUGUGGCACUCGUGUUCGCGGCAGGACUGGUGUUUGCUGCAAUCAGCUACGUGAUCUACAAGUACGUCAAGCAACGCAGUGCACGGCCCAUGUCCUUGGAUUUCAGAGGGAUUUCACCCUUCCGGCCUCUUACGCUGACACUGGAGCAUAUUAUAAAGCCCAUUAAUUUAUCCAAACCUGCACUUUUAACCCCUGAAAUGCAGUUACCGCAGAUCAGCCAGCGUCUGGACAAAGCCCUGGAUCCACAAGGGUCUUCUGGUCCACCUGAAACUAUCUAUCAGCAACAGGCCGGGGUGGCAGCCCUGCUGCCACACGCGCAGUCCCACUGCCCGGUCACCCCCUCUGCUCCGGCCUACGCUCCGCAAAUGGCUCCGCAAAGUGUCCCCUGCGCCGGGCCCGGCCACGCUCUGCCCCUCAACUACGGCGUGUGUGUCGAAGGCACCGGCCAGGCUCACCAGGAGAAACUGCAGCCAAACCAGCCGCUAAAGGAAGUUUCUGCAGAUUAUUUUGUUGGUGGAAAGCUGGUAAUCCAGAGCGUGGACAACACCUGGAGUCACUGGAAUUACAAAGAACAGAGGCCAGAAGUGUCCGUGUGGGAGAGCAGCGACACGUGCUUGCAGGGGAGCCCUGGGCAAACAGGGCAGCUGCUGCUGCAGCCCGGGGCGGUGACAAGGAAAGCGCAGGGACCCCAGCGGCCACUGUCCCUGCUGCACCACGGGGGCUGCUGCAGCCAGCAGAGCGCAGAGCUGCCGCCGUCGCUGCAAGUCGACCGGCGCUCUGGGCCCGAGGAGGAAUCCCUGCCGUCUGUCCCCACGGGUUUCCUCCUCUCACUCUUGAGCGGUAGCAGCCUCCCUGAAGAGCGUGACACGGAGUGGUGGAUGUCACCGGAUCCAUUCUCACAUCCUGAAAAUAAAUGGCAGUCCCCAGAGACUCGAGAAACAGAGAUGCUCAAGGCAGUGGAGGAACUGAGCUGCACAAAACUGAGCAACGCUCUGUCCCAGGACACCAGCUCCGGCCAGGACAGUGGCGACCCCCUUGCUAUGCUGUUCAAAGACAUAGAUUUAAAGGUUCAGUGGGAGCAAGGUAUGGAUGAGAACAUGGAAAUUUAUUAGAACAUCCUGAUAUUAAAAUCCUGAUGCUAUUUAC